CACCAACCCAACCAAACCAACGCGGCAAAUUCUUCUCCUCUCCAGUCUACCUCCGCCUGUGUCCUAGCGCUGCCGCCGUGCCGUGCCUCAGCGCCAGCCGCCGCCGACGCCUGAAUCCCGUACCACGCCCCCACCCCCAACACCCCCGCCUCUCACGCCCCUCGUGCCCAUCGCCGAUCCCGUUUCCCCUCACCGCAGCAUCGCGUUCCCGCGGCCUCCGCCCCUUCCGCAACCUUCGGCCAUUGGUUUGUGAGCAGAGUCUUCAAGAUUUGAGCACCACAGGCAACAGCCUCCUACAUCCUAGUGUCGGUACUUGGUAGGGUAAUCUUCCCUGGUCCCCAGAAGCUGACUUCUAUAUGAGAAGCUUGAACGGAGCAUGUGAACCAUCCUGAAAUCUGAUGCACAUGUGGACCAUCCUGGUCGUGAGGCUUCCACCGAUCAGUCUUUAAUUAGGCUAUGCAAAUGGCUCUGCUAGCAAGGCUAUCUCUUGCAAGCUCUGAAGCAAGAGAGUCUAGUUUGGAAGAAAGACAUGCUGGUUCUGAUGAACAAACUUUGGAACAAUCAACGGAGGAAGCAUCUCAAGCAUCUCAUUUUGACAGUGAUUCGCAGGUUCUUCUAGUCAGCUCUUCGGUUGAUGGUAGUCUUCCUAAUACCGGUCAGCUUGAUAGGGAGUGUGACAUUGACAAUGGGAUGACAGGGGUACCAAGUGAUAGGACAAAUUACAGUGGUGAUGCGUCUGGAGAGGUUGCUGACGGGGGGCUUUCUGUCCCUUCCGCCCCUCAAAGGGAGAAUGUAAUCCUGCCAAGAUUGGGUGAUAUCUGCAUGGAAGGGCCAUCUGUUCGGCGGCAAACAGCUGACAGGGGAUUCCCCAGAAUAAUAUCGUCGUCAUCCAUGGAUGCCCGGGGUGAUUUCUCUGCCAUCGAGAAUCAGGUACGCGAGCUAAUCAAUGAUUUGGGAAGCGAUUCCAUAGAAGGUCAGAGAUCAGCAACAUCAGAGAUUCGCCUUCUAGCUAAACACAACAUGGAGAACAGGAUUGCCAUUGCUAAUUGUGGGGCUAUAAACUUGCUGGUUGGCCUUCUUCAUUCACCAGAUGCCAAAGUCCAGGAAAAUGCAGUGACGGCCCUCCUCAAUUUGUCACUCAGUGAUAUUAAUAAGAUUGCCAUCGUGAAUGCAGAUGCUGUUGAUCCACUCGUCCAUGUCCUGGAAACAGGGAACCCUGAAGCUAAAGAGAACUCAGCAGCUACUUUGUUCAGUCUCUCAUUUAUUGAAGAUAACAGAGCGAGGAUUGGACAAUCUGGCGCCGUAAAGCCUCUCGUGGACUUGCUAGGAAAUGGGAGCCCACGAGGAAAGAAAGAUGCGGUUACUGCAUUGUUUAAUUUAUCCAUACUUAAUGAGAACAAGGGUCGAAUUGUGCAAGCUGAUGCUCUGAGGCACCUAGUUGAGCUCAUGGACCCAGCUGCUGGAAUGGUCGAUAAGGCUGUAGCUGUCUUGGCAAAUCUUGCUACGAUACAAGAAGGGAGGACUGCGAUUGGGCAGGCGCGUGGUAUUCCAGCCCUUGUUGAAGUUGUCGAACUGGGUUCAGCGAAAGCGAAGGAAAAUGCUGCUGCGGCAUUGCUUCAGCUAUGUACAAACAGCAACAGGUUUUGUAACAUAGUUCUUCAAGAGGAUGCCGUGCCCCCUUUAGUCGCCCUGUCACAGUCAGGAACACCACGCGCAAGAGAAAAGGCGCAGGCUCUUCUCAGCUACUUCCGCAGCCAAAGACAUGGGAACUCAGGAAGGAGAUGAUAAUGAUGAUGGUCCUACGAUUAUUUUAUAGUGUACAUCAAGCAUUUCCCUGGAUUUCUCAGAUGAUGGUUAUUGUUGUGGCGCUGUGUACUGCUUAUAGUCAGAUUGAGAUUGUGCUCAUCAUCUCAAGCUACUGGUGGAUUAGUUGGUGUGUUUGUGACCGGUCGUUGUUGUUGUUGAGAUGGUGUAUUUUUCAGGUUUAUAUUUUUCUACAGCUUGUCUAUUGGUAUCUGUUUCACUGAGAUUUAGUUUCGUACAUGUUAUUAGCUGAUUCAAACAGUGAUUUAACCUGCAUGCUUUCUCUUC